AUGCUCUUCCUCCGGGCAACCUCCUCCUUUCGGCCCUCUCUCGCCAGCACAAGUCCGACCGUCCUGCUCACCCGCCAGCUCUCCUCCCCCGUCAGCAAGAGCACCACCCGCACUCUCCGCGUCCCGUCCCUCUUCCGCCAUCCCGCGCGUCCCCUCGCUGUCGCCUUUGGCCUCUCCCUCCCUUUCCUCGCACCCUCUCGCCCGACCCUCAACGACUCUUCACUCGGCCCGGCCCAGUUGCCGUCAUUGAGCGGCCAGGGCGAAUCCUCGUCUCCGUUCUCGAGCUCUGCGCCGGAUGCAGCAACAGGAGGAAAGAAAGAUGUGCCGGUGUUCAAGGACGGGUCGUUGAACCCCGCGGCCGUCAAGCAGAUUAGUCUAGGGGGCAUGCUGGGAUUGGGGGCCGGCGUGUUGCUAAGUAUGUUCAGUCGCAUGCUGGUACUGGUGCUGGGUGUCGGAAUCGUGGUCUGGCAGUACGCGGCACGGAAAGGCUACAACAUCAUCCCAGUCGAGAGGCUGCAGCGGUACGCGAAAGGCGUGAAUGUUCGGAGUGCCAUCCAGCAGAACGUCGCGUUCAAGAUCAGCUUUGGACUCGUCUUCGCAUUAACGGCGUUCGGAGAAUUCUAG